AUGGAGGCGACAGUGUUGAGCGUGGGCAAGUCCGCGGUGAAGGGGGCGCUCGGCUACGCCCAGUCCGCCAUCGCGGCGGAGGUGGCGCUGCAGCUGGGGGUACAGCGCGACCAGGCCUUCAUCAGGGACGAGCUCGACAUGAUGCAGUCCUUCUUGAUGGUCGCGCACGGCGAGCAGGACGACGGCAAGGUGGUCGGGACCUGGGUGAAGCAGGUCCGUGACCUGGGCUACGACGUCGAGGACUGCCUCCAGGACCUGGCUGUCCGCCUCGAGAAGCCAUCCUGGUGGCGUUUCCUCAGGACACUGCUUGACCGGCGCCAUGUGGCUAAGCAGAUGAAGGACCUGCGGGAGAAGGUCGAGGAUGUCAGCCAGAGGAACUUGAGGUACCGCCUCAUCAGGAGCCCUGCCGCUGCUGCUGACUCCAAGCAUGUCACCACCGCCGCCGACCAAAACUUCGCAGGCAGCGCGACGAUGUUCGGCAUCGACGAGGCGAGGCGUGCCAUGAAGCGGGACAGGCCGAGAGUGGACCUUGCCCAACUUAUCAACAGGGAGGGCAAGGACCUUGGAGUCAUCGCCGUGUGGGGAACAUGUGGUGUUCUUGGGCAGGCGUCUGUGAUACAGAAGGUGUAUGAUGAUGCAGACAAGUUUGAAUGUCGUGCCUGGAUCAAGCUUACACAUCCUUUUGAUCCGAUCAUGUUCAUGCGGAACAUUAUGAGGCAGUUCUAUGGAUGUUCUUUUCCAGAACUGGCAGCUGGGGGUCAAAGCUGUCAAGAAAGAGCAACCACUGUAGGGGCUUAUGUUCUCAAAAAGAUGCUGACAAUAAAGCAAGAAGAUUUGGUUGACGAGUUCAACGAGCAUGUAAAUAGCAAGAGUUACCUGAUUGUUCUUAAUGACCUGUGUACCAUAGAAGAUUGGAACUGGAUCAAAACUUACUUUCCCCUCAACAAUAAUGGGAACCGGAUCAUUGUAGCCACACAGCAAGUUGAAGUUGCGAGCUUAUGCGUAGGUAAAAAAUGCCGAGUCUCGGAGCUGAAACAAUUAUCCGCUGAUCAGACUCUCUACGUUUUCUACGACAAGAGUCCUCAAGGUGGAACAUAUUCAAUGAAACCAGAGUCGAGCUCAAAUACAUCCAUUGCCACUACUAAUAGCUCUAUAGUGCCCAACAGUGAGAUAACAGCUGGUGAUCAGGCUAUAGAUUCCGCUGGUGAAAAAAACACUAUGCCCAGAAGGAGCCUCACCCGUAUCAUGUCGAGGACGGCCGCUUUGGAGGAAUCUCAGGUUGUUGGGAGGGAGACAGAAACAACUGACAUCCUCCAACUAAUUUUAGAUGCACCAAGAGAAGAAUUUCGGGUGAUCUCAGUGUGGGGAAUGGGUGGUCUUGGGAAAACUGCCCUAGUCAAAGAUAUCUACCAGAGCCAAGAGCUAGGCAGUGCAUUUAAAAAGCGAGCGUGUGUCACUGUCAUGGAACCUUUCAAUCAUGAGGAACUCCUUGAGAGAUUAGUUACCCAACUAGUUGUAGAAACAUCUGAAGAGAACGGUGCGAUGUAUUCAUUGGGUAGUGAGAAAAAAACAUUGGCAUGGUCACUUAAGGAGCUGAAGGCUGAGCUGGAAAGGCUUCUGAAAGAAAAGAGGUACUUGAUUGUUUUUGAUGACUUGUCAUCUACCACUGAAUGGGACUUGAUAAGUGGAAGCUUACCUCAGACAGAAAAUGCAAGCCGAAUCAUAGUCACCACAAGGGAAGUGAGUAUUGCCAAUUAUUGUUCAAAGAAACAAGAAAAUGUAUACAGGCUCAAAAGUCUAAACAAGGAGCAUGCGCUUGGCCUCUUCACAAAAAAGGUAUUUAAGGAGAAUGAAUAUCUGCAUCGGCAGUAUCCUGAGCUGGUUGAACAAGCAGAACAAAUCCUGAAGAAGUGCAAUGGACUUCCUCUUGCAAUAGUUGCCAUUGGUGGCUUCUUGGCAAACCAACCAAAGACUACCAUGGAGUGGAGAAAAUUGAAUGAGAAUCUUAGUUCUGAGUUGGAGAUGAUUCCAGAGCUUGACACCAUAAGAACAGUCCUUAUCAAAAGCUACAAUGGUUUACCAUAUCAUCUCAAAGCUUGCUUCUUGUAUCUGGCAAUAUUUCCUGAAGACUGCAAGAUUAGUCUAACACGUUUGGUCCGGCGGUGGAUAGCAGAGGGUUACUCAAGAGAGGUACGCGGCAAGUCUGCGCAUGAAGUGGCGGAGAGCUACUUCAUGGACCUUAUAAGCAGGAGCAUGAUCCUGCCAUCCCAACUAUCAAGCCACAGCAGAAAAAAGAUUGACUCUUGCCAAGUCCAUGAUAUUAUUCGUGACAUCAGCAUCUCAAAGUCAGCGGAGGAAAAUCUUGUUUUCAGAUUGGAGGAAGGUUGCAGCUUAAACAACCAAGGCACGACACGUCACCUCUCUGUCAGCAGCAAUUGGAAGGGAACCCAAAGUGAAUUCGAGUGCACGGUGGACCUGUCUCGUGUCCGAUCAAUAACAAUUUUUGGGAAGUGGAAGCCAUUCUUCAUUUCUGACAAGAUGAGGUUGCUGCGGGUGCUGGACUUGGAAGGCACUUCAGGUCUGGUUGAUCAUCAUCUCAAGCACAUUGGGAAGCUUUUCCACUUGAGAUACCUUUCCCUGAGAGGUUGUCAUGGAAUUUAUCACCUGCCAGGUUCUUUGGGUAACCUGAGGCAGCUCCAAACACUAGAUGUCAUGGGUACAAACAUAAUCAAGCUGCCAAAGACCAUCAUCAAGCUCAGAAAGCUACAACACGUUCGUGCCAGGGGCGUUGGGAGCAACGAUGAUUGUGUGUAUGAAGAGUAUCCAGAAGAGGUGCCGAGGAUAAUGAGGAACAAGCUAUGCAUCUUGACUUCCUCCUCGGUAGGAUUUUGUGUGGCAUGCUGUGACCCUCACCUUCUGAAGGAGUGCAUGGACAUCGAUGGGGACACCAACAGACGUGAUGUCUGCACCGCAUGCUGCUGCUCCUAUCUGCCAAUGCAGGUGACACGCCGGAGCCGACGCGGUGUUGCAGUGCCCAGAGGGAUCCACAGGCUGAAAGCCCUGCACACGCUGGGUGUCGUCAACAUCUCGAGGAGGAAGGCUGCCGUGCGAGAGGUAGCGAGGCUCACCGGGCUGCGCAAGCUGGGAGUGACCGGCAUCAACGAGACCAACAGUGGAGAACUAUGUUCAGCCAUUUCUAGUCUCAGCUCCCUGGAAACAUUGCUCAUGCAAUCUGAGGGGAAGCCCGGUUUAUAUGGCUGCUUGGAUGACCUCUCUAUGCCUCCAAAAAACCUUGAGAGCCUCAAGCUGUACGGUAACCUGGUCAGACUGCCGGCAUGGAUAAAUGGUGGGCUGCUACAAAACCUGGCCAAGCUCAAGCUGCGGAGCUCCAGGAUAUCAGACCAUGAUGCCGCCAUAAAAGUCCUUGGGAGCCUACCAAACCUAGCCAUCCUUCGUCUGCGGAAGGAGUCACUUGAGGGCGAAGAGGUCCGUCUCCGUUUCUGUCCGGGUGCAUCGUUCCCAAGCUUGAUGGUGCUGGAGCUGAGUUCUCCAGGUAAGCUCAAAUCUGUACAGUUUGAAAAGGGAGCAACCCCUAAGCUCGAGCUGCUGCAGUACUACGAUCAGCCUGACCAUGGUAAGAAUGAUGUUAUUUCAAAAGAAAAUGAUGAUCAGUUUGAAGAAGCUUCCAGUGUUUGGCUGUUUUCUGGGCUAGCAUCUCUGGGGAGUCUCAAGAAAGUUCUGCUAGAGGGUGGCAACUAUGAACACUACUUUGUACGGAACUUGCGGUCCCAGCUUGAGUUGAAUCAGAAUCGGCCUUUUCUCAAGAUGGACUGAGCUAAACUCUGGAAACUCUGAUUCUGCUCACCUGUUUUGAUCACCAUUAGUUAAGGUCAUUUUAGCCUCUGCCACUGGGUUGCUUAAUUUGACUUCUUUAAUUUGCUUAUUACAGAAAAUGUCUAGUUUACUCCUUCCGCGAGACUGCGACUAAAAUAUCUACUCCAUUGGGUCUCAUAUGAAAGACAUAGUGUGUUUGUUUAUUUGUGUUAGGUCCCAUAUGUGAGAAAGUAUAUUUGUUUAUUUA